UGAUGGAAUCAAUCAUAAGAAGAAGAAAAUACACUAUCAACUGCCAAAAUAUGAUUUCUGUGUUGAUCAUGUCACUAGAAUCUUUUUCUCUGUGUGACAGUAAAGAGGCAUGAUCAAACCAGACUCUCAUUAUAUAGGAAGUAAAGGGUUUUGUAAGGAGAACUGUCUCGUCAUCAAGACAGAAUGGAUCAAACUUGGCUCAGUGUUCUACUCUUGUUGAGUUACCUCAUCUACUUUGUUCACUCUCAAGGAAAUGAGAAACCUGCUGCUGUUCUGACCCUCCAGCCCAACUGGACCCAGAUAUUCAUGGGAGAGUCUGUCACCAUGAUAUGUAACAUACAGGAGGGAAACGUCACUGACUGGGAGUACACGUGGAGACAGUCUUAUAAUAAUGUCUAUAAAGACUUAAUCAGUACAGAGAAUGAACGCAAAAUCAAUGCUGCUGAUAUGUCUGUCAGUGGUCAUUACAUAUGUCUGGGUACAAACAGACUUCAUAAAAACUAUUCUAUGUGGAGUAAUAGGGUCGGCCUGACCGUGAUUGCUCUGCCCAAAGCCUCAGUGAGUGUCUCUCCUCAUGGUCUCCUCUACUCUGGAGAGACUGUUACUCUGCAGUGUGACAUAUCAGACUACACAGACUGGACAUUCGGGUGGUACAGAAAUAAACAACUACAGAGUCCAGGUUCACCUUCUAAAACCAUCACCACUCUGUCUGACCAGGUGAGUCAGUACCAGUGUCAGGGGAGAAGAACAGCUCGUCCCCAGUCGUCACAACGCAGUGUUUCCCUCCAUGUCUCAGCCAAUGUUCAACCCAAGGCUGUCCUGAGUAUCUCUCCUCAGUGGAUGAACCCUGGAGACUCAGUAAGUCUGAUCUGUGAAGUUAAAGAGUUGUCUACAGGCUGGAGGUUCUCCUGGUACAAGACUGUUCCCUACAGAGCUGGGUUACCCUCUCUAUUGGACAAGUCCUACUCUGUAGUGCCCCUAUCUGGAAAUGGGACAACUGAAGAGUCUUACACUCUGAGUCCUGCUGGUCCUGCUGACACAGGAGGAUAUGUGUGUAGAGCUGGGAGAGGAGACCCAGUCUAUUACACAGACUACAGUAAACCUCAGUGUCUCUGGUCAGGAGAUCUGCAGUCUUCACUGUCUCUCCGAAUUAGUCCCAACACAACUCAACACUUCACAUCAAAGUCUCUCUCACUGAUCUGUGAUCUGAAGGGAAACUCUACUGGAUGGAGACUGAUGAGAUACACAGAGACAGGAGUGGAGUCAGGGUGUUCCCCUCACUGGGGAUCAAUAACAGGGUCCACAUGUACCAUCACCUCCACAGACACAGGGGACAGUGGAGUGUACUGGUGUGAGUCUGGAUCAGGACAGUACAGUAAUGCUGUCAACAUCACAGUGUCUGUCCCUCCAGGUUUUCCUGUCUCCAUCUCUCUGUCCAGACUGCUGUGUGGUCUACUGGUGGUGUCUCCAUUUCUGCUGGUGUCCAUCAUACUGAUGGUGAAAUACUGCAGGGCUGGAGGUUUGUUUUCAACAGCCAAAUCCCCUGACGCAGAGUUACGGUGUGAUUUUGUCGACGAACAGACUGAAAUAUCAUUGUAAUUCUUUCAAUAUGCACUCACUGUGUGUAACAAGGACGCGCGCCACCCCUCCCGACGUGGUGUUCGGCGCACGUCAUCGCCGGCCUUCUAGCCACGCCGCUCCUCCU